AUGCAGCGACUCGCACAUGUCCUACUCGUCGAAAUACUUGCGUAUCAGUUUGCAUCGCCUGUCCGCUGGAUUGAGAUUCAGGACGUUCUGUUCCUCGGCCGCAAUACUAAGCGAUUUAUCGAGAUUGGACCAGGACCUACUCUCUGUGGAAUGGCAGAGAGAUCGCUGAAACAGCCGUUGUUUGCCGAGUGCAGUGUGUCCACUCUGCAUAUAUUGCACAACAGGAAUGAGGUAUACUAUCUGGAUCUGCAGAGUGCGACUGGACCAACCCCACCAGUAGCGGAGAUCACAGCUGAGGAACCACCAACGAAAGCUGCUGAAGAGAAUCCAGUUUCAGCAAAUGUGCCUAUACCAACACGCAGGCCACUUGUUGAUACGCCCCUUCAACCACUGGAGAUCAUCCAGAGUAUGGUCGCAUACAAGCUGAAAAAGAGGCUGCAAGAGGUUACCGCCAGUAAGAACAUAGCCGACCUGGCAGGUGGGAAGUCUACACUGAUCAAUGACCUCUUUGGUUCGCUGCAGAAGGAAUUCGAGACAACAAUUCAGGAGGGUGCCGAGAAACUAUCACUUGGUGAACUUGGGAGCCAAUUCUCUGCAUUUAGCGGAACCUUGGGCACACAGAGCAUUGCUCUCAUCUCCAAGAUGCUCAGCACAAAGAUGCCAGGUGGAUUUUCGUACUCAAAGAUCCGUGAGUACAUCCAGUCCGAGUAUGGUCUGGGACCAUACAGGCAGAGCGGGCUUUUGCUUGUUGCAUUGCCUAAUGAGCCAAAGUCUCGCUUGGGGAGCGAAGAAGAGGCAAUGGCGUGGCUUGAGACCGUAGCCAAGGAAUAUGCUGAACGGGUAGGCAUUUCAUAUGAGGCCAAAGGAAACGAGCAUAGUUCUGGGCCAGCAAAUGUCACAAUCAGCAGUGCAGAACUAAGUCGUAUCCGAGAGUCUCAGCGUGCUCUUGCUGUGCAGCAAAUGCGUAGUUUGGCAGAACAUAUCGGAUUCGACCCACGCGAAUGCGAACGAGAAUUGGUGGCAGCCAACUCUGAAAUUGCUGACCUGAAAGAGCAAUUGGCAUCAAUUCAAAGAGACCAUGGUUCAGAAUUCAUUUACGACAUCCGCCCUGUGUUUGAUGCGCUGAAAGCUCGGCUCUACAAAUCAUGGUGGAACUGGGCUCGCCAAGAUGCAUUUGAGCUUGUUGUCGACACCAAGCGCAGUAUCAAUGAUGCAGAGGUGAUUCUAAUGGAUGAACUUCGGCUUUUGCGCUUGAGAAACUGCGCCAGUAAGGAGAUACUGACAUUCCUAUCAAGCCAGGUUGCGCUACUUAUGGAUAGUGACCAGCAUUCGAUUGGCCAUGCUUCUCUUGUUUUGAAGUCAAUAUGUCGGUCUUGCGAGCACCAUAUUGGGGAACCACCUAUAUACAAAAUAUUUGGACCAUCAACUCGUCCAUCAGCGACCAUGACCCAGUCCGGAGAUCUAUUGUACGACGAGGUUGAGCGCAGCGAUGUUCCCGAUAUGGAGUCGUAUGUUGCCCAAAUGGGAGGCUCGACUAGUAAUUCUCCAGUAAUCUGCCUUAAAGAGCGCACGAGCGCUGGUGGCUGGGUACAAAGUUCAUCCUUAACUGAGCUUUACAUUCAAUGCUUGUCAGAUAUCUGCACAAGCGGGCUAUCAUUCGAGGGGAAAACAGCGCUGGUAACAGGGUGCAGGCCUGGCACAGUUGCUACCGAGGUGCUGCAGGGGCUCCUCAUGGGUGGUGCAAAGGUGAUUGCAACAGCAUCAGAUUUCAGUCGGGAAUCCAUCACACUCUUUGAAGGAGUAUACCAGAGAUUUGGCAGCCGUGGGUCGGAGCUGGUGGUUGUCCCAUUUAACCUGGGCUCCACUGUUGACAUAAAGUCUCUUGUCUCCUACAUUUACAGUAGCCCAGUUGAUGGGCAGAACUUGGGAUGGGAUCUGGACUAUGCUAUUCUUUUUGGAGAUCCAAUGAGCAGCACUGCUAGCGGCAUAGUAGACACAGUUCUAGACGAGAGUGUGCUGAGGACAAAUGCCACCAACAUAUGCAUGCUGAUCGACUGCCUAGAAAAAGUGAAAGCUCCCAGCAGAACAUCAGCAUCGACAACGCGUGUUAUUGUUCCUGUUUCAGCAGCUACAUUUAACGAGAAGAAUAACGUCUGGCAUCAAAAGAUAUCCGUUGCCAUAGAGGCGACCUUUUUCGGAAAUAGUCCGCAACCCAGCACAAAAAAUGUCGAUGUCACGAUGGCAGCCAUGGGCUGGGUACGAGACGCUAGUCAAAACAAUCUGGAUGGUAUGGUUGCUUGUGAGAUUGAGCGCUCUGGUAUGCGCACGUUUUCUCCAAAGGAGAUGUCGCUCAAUAUUCUUACGCUGCUGCAUGAAGGUAUUGAUGACAUUGUCCAGGACCACCCUGUCUAUGCAGACUUCACUGGGCCAGAUGAACAAUACUUUGCCAGUGUUCGCAACCUGGGCAUCACACGACAAAAUAUCCUGCAGGCGUCUUCUUGCAGAAAGUCAGUUUUGAGCGGGCUCACGGAAGACCAAAGCUCGCUAUAUAGUGAGCAUACCUUCCCAUACAACAAGCAUGAAACGACAGUUCCGCUUGCCAACCACUCAGUAAGCCUGAUGUCUGCCAAGACCUAUGCUGAGCUUGAGCAUCUGCAGUACUUGCAGGGCAUGGUCAACUUGGACAAGGUUGUCGUUAUUGCCGGAUAUGGCGAGUUUGGACCAUAUGGGCACUCGCGUUCACGCUGGGAGAUGGAGGCAUACGGUGAGUUCUCGCUGGAAGGCUGCAUCGAACUAGCGUGGAUCAUGGGGUUCAUCAAACACCACAACGGGCCAUUGCCGCUGUCAACUGAGAACUACACGGGCUGGGUUGACACAGCAACAGAUGAGCCAAUCCGCGAUAUAGAUGUGAAGGCAAAGUACGAGAAGCAGAUACUUGAGCACACUGGGAUCCGCAUGGUCGAGCCAGAGUUGGUUGAUGGAUUCGACGCGAACAAGAAAUUGAUAUACCGAGAACUGCAGAUUACUCAUGAUCUGGAGACAUUCGAGACGACAGCUGAGGAGGCAGAAAACUUUGUCCGUGAAAAUGGCGACAAGGUUGACACCUGGGAGAAUCCAGAUGGGUCGUGGUCUGUCAAGCUGCUGAAGGGCGCUGUGAUCAUGGUCCCAAAGGCGCUGCAGAUGAAUACAGUUGUUGCUGGCCAGCUUCCCACUGGAUGGAGUCCAGAGCGCUAUGGCAUUCCCCAGGAAAUCAUAGAGCAGGUGGACCCAAUGGCCCUAUGUACACUGGUUGCAACGGUGGAGGCGCUGGUGCGAGCCGGUAUCACCGAUCCGUACGAGCUCUACAAGUACUUCCAUGUGACAGAGGUAGGAACAACUGUGGGCUCGGGAAUGGGAGGCACUGAUGCACUUCGGAAGAUGACCAAGAGCUGUUUCCAUGAUACUGAAAUCCAAGCGGACCUGAUUAAGGAGAUCUUUAUUAACUCACCUGGGGCAUGGGUCAACAUGUUGCUCCUGUCAUCGUCUGGCCCGAUAAUGCCAAUCGUCGCAGCCUGUGGUACAUCGCACGUAUCUGUCGACGUGGCAAUAAGCACGAUCAAGGCAGGAAAGGCGAGAGUUAUGUUUGCUGGUGGCUUCGAGGAUACUGGGGAAGGCACAAACUAUGCAUUUGCUCCGAUGGGUGCGACAGUCGAUAAUAUGGAAGACAGGGCCCGUGGUCGUACAUUGAAGGAGGCAUCCAGACCAUGCACAACGACUCGUAAUGGCUUUGUGGAGAGUACUGGCGCUGGAGUCGUGAUGCUCAUGUCUGCCUCGGCUGCGAUCGAGUUUGGAUCGCCAAUUUACGGCAUUGUUGCUAUGACUUCCAUAGCAUCCGACAAAGAAGGCCGCAACCUCCCUGCCCCUGGACAGGGUCUUGUGAGUGUUGCACGCGAGGUUCAUUACCCGAACGAUGAGGUUUCGGAACUCUACCUCGAUGUAAAGUACCGUCGGGCAAAAUUGGAAGGCUGGCUAGAGUGUAUUGACGAAUGGGUAGUGAAAGAAGAGACGGGUGCCAGGCGCGAUGCUCAGGAAAUCCGCCUUGCACAAGGGGACUGCUUUGAUCAAGACAGGUUCAUUGGAAAGCGCAUGACAGUUAUCCACGCGGAGGCUGACAAGAGAAAGAAGGAAGCGCGUGACGCAUGGGGCAACGAGUUCUGGGUUGGAAACCCACACAUCUCGCCGAUACGCGGUGCUCUCGCUGUCUGGGGUCUGACGGUAGAUGACAUCGGUGUCGCUUCAUUCCAUGGGACAUCGACACAGAUAAAUGACACGAAUGAAUCUGAGGUUUACUGUAAGCAGAUGGAGCAUCUGGGUCGUACGCCAGGACACGCGCUCCCUGUCAUCUGCCAGAAAUGGCUAAUUGGCCAUUUGCGAGGAGGCUCUGCCGCAUGCAUGAUGAAUGGUGUGUUGCAAACAAUGCAGACCGGUAUCAUUCCAGGCAACCGCAACGCGGAUGACAUUGAUCCGGAGUUUAGGCAGCACACGUACCUUGUAUACCCCAAUAGGUCAAUCCAAACGCGAGGAGUAAAGGCAGCAAUCAUGUCGUCGUUUGGAUUCGGGCAAGUCGGUUGCCAGAUGCUGGUCGUGCACCCCGACUAUCUCUUGGCAACAUUGGGCAAGGAUCAGCUAGACGAAUAUAAUGGCAAAGUCAAGUUGCGUGAAGGAAAAUCGUGUCGCUACUGGCAGGAUACCCUUAUUGGAAGCCAUGGUUUCGUUCAGACCAAGGACUCACCGCCGUAUACCGAUGACCAAGAGUCCGCUGUUCUUUUGAAUCCGCUUGCCCGCGCAUCCUAUGAUCCUGUCUCCAAGUCGUAUCAGUUUUGAAAUAAGUUUUGGAUCUUCCUCUUUUGUGGACACUAGCUUCUUAAAUCGUAGCAUUAGUAUACCAUAUGUCAUGUGCCCGUUGUCGCACAUGGAAUAAAGCAGGUGGAAUAAAGGGUAGUCAGAAUUUCAGAGAUGCUGGUUCCUGGUGUCGGUU